AUGUGGGCCCCCCACGACGGCAGCGUGAUUCCACUGUCUCCUCAGGAGACACCACUGCAGCCAGAAGCACUCCUAUGCAUUUCAAAUCUAGCGAGUGCAGCAGAAGUAGAUGCUGCUGUUUGUGCUGCUCUCAGCCGACUAGAGCUGGCGUACUCAAACAGAGAUAAGGAGUGCUUCUUCUGCUGCUGCAGCUGCUGCAGCUGCUGCAACUGCUGCGCCUGCAAAAGCAGAAACAGCAGCAGAGAUAACCGCGAACACAGACAUGCGAUUGCCGCCAACAGCCACACCAACAGCAGCAGCAACAGCAGCAGCAGCAUCUGCAGCAGCAGCAGCAACAGCAACAGCAGCAGCAGCAGCAGCAGCAUUGAUGCCUUGCCACGUGAGGUGUAUGUACGGCGUUUGCUGCUGGCGUUUGCUCGCGAUGUUGAAGACAGAUGGCUGCAGCAAUUUGAAUAUUUUUUGCUGCGGUGUGCUGCUUGCUGCUGCUGCUACUUGGGGGCUCAAGAAGAGUUGCUGCAGUCGUUUUGCUGCUACAGCAGAGACAAAGAAGCAGCUGUUCAUCUUUACAGAGAGUGGCUAGCCUUUGAUAUCUCUCGUCUCCUUCGCUGUCUCUACCGCAUACGCACAGAAGCAGCAGCUGCUGCUGCUGAAGCGGCCCAUACAGAAGAGACAGCCCAGGGGGAGAAAUCAACAGCAACAGGAAGACUCGAGCAGCAGCAGCAGCAGCAGCUGCAGCUGCAGCACAAUGAACACUGGAAAGGGUCACUACCUUGCUCAGCCUACAGCAGCAGCAGCAGCAGCAGCAGCAGCAGCAGCAGACUUGUUGAGACGACAGUAGCUCAGCUGCUGAUGGCAGCAAGCCGCACACUGAGUGCUCGUACAGAAACCCCAGCAGGUGUGCUGCUGUGUUUCUUAGGAGAGCGUAUGCCUCUAUCUUUGCUGCUGCAGUUGCUGCUGCUCCCACCGCAGCAGCAGCAGCAGCAGCAGCAGAUGAUGAUAGCAGGAUUAUCUGCAGCAAGCAGCAACAACAGACGCCCGAGGCCCCCUUCCUGGAUCCCUGAUGGGGCCUCUAGGGAGGAUUUGCUGCUGCUGCAGCAGCAAACCAAUGGCAUGCACGUGCUGCUGCUGCAGCUGCUGAAGCUGCAGCAGCAGCAGCAGCAACAGCAGCAGCAGCAGCAGCAACAGGGAGAAUAUGAUUUCUUUGCAGCAGUGGAACAGCAGCAAGACAAAGGCGAAGAUGCGCUGGCGCUUGCAUACCAGCAGCAAUCGCAGCAGCAGCAGCAGCAGCAGCAGCUGUUGCUGCAGGAGUUGCUGCAGCAGCAGCAUAUUGCUGAUAUUGGGUUGUCUCCGUUGUGUCUGCUGCUGCCGCUGCUGCCAGACCCGCUGCAGUGUAUGUUUGCUGCUGCAGCACUCUCACAGAGACACCCCGAUCUGCUGCUGCCGCUGCUGCUGUCUAUACAAACACACUGCCUCCUCUGUCUCCGUGCAAUUUGCUGCGGUGCUCUGCAUGCGGUUGCUUUGACGCAGCAGCACUUGCUGCAGCAGCACUUGCAACCCGAACUUGCUGCUCCUGCUGCUGCUGCUGCUGCAACCAGCAGCAGCAGCAGCAGCAACAGCAGCAAACUCCUGCGGAUUGUAGAGUUCUGGCUCAAGGCACUAGCUUCUGUUUGCUGCAGGCUUGUGAGCAGCAGCAGCAGCCAGCAGCAGCAGCAGCAGCAGCAGCAGCGUCACUUGGUGCUGAAUGCCUCUGCUGAUAAUUUAUCUGUCUUUUCGCAAUUGCUGGGGGCCCUACACAGUUUAUACAUUGUGCUGCUGCAGCAGCCACCUUCGGGUGUACAGGCAGCUCUGCUGCAGCAGCAGCAGCAGCAAGGUAUACCGGAGGUGCUGCUGCCGCAGCUAGCCCCGUACACACACCAGCAGCAACAGGGACAGCAGCAACAGCAGCAACAACAGCAGCACUGGUGGCAUCGCUGUUCUGCAGUUGCUGCUGUAGUUAUGGCUUCCUGCUGCAGCAAAAACAUCAGCAGCAGCAGCAACAGCAGCAACAGCAACAGCAGCAGCAGCAGUACUGCUGUCUCUCCUAAAGGAGACCCAAAGGGCUCCUCCUCAACUGAAGCAGCAGCAACUCAGAAUGAAGGCAGCAGCAGCAGCGGCAGCAGCACCAUUAACAGCAGCAGCAGCACCAGCACCAGCACGUGUGUGGAUGCUUCUGAGGUGUACAUACACAUGCUGGGGCUUCCUGCUGCAGCAGAAGUGCUGCCGCUCCUCGGUAAUGAGGAGACACGUCCUCUGUCUCUCUCGCUGCUGCAGUCGCUUACACUUCCUGUGGGGGCCCUGCUGCUGCUGCUUAAGCAGCGGCUCAGAUGCAGCAGCAGCAGCAACAACAACAACGGGAGCAGCAGCAGCAGCAGCAGCAGCAAUGGGAGCAGCAGCAACAGCAGCAGCACAGCUGAGAUAUGCGGGGUAACGGAGGGCAACCCAGUGCUACUGCAGCAGCAGG